AUGUUCGACGGCAAGAUUGGUAUGUGGCCGGCGGUCAAGUACCUUCCAGCGGCUCGUUCGUCUCGCAACCGACCUGCUGGCACGAUAGUGACGACUUUGGCCAACGUUGACGCUACCUUGUACCGCGACUACGUCAUCACACGUGUUAUUCCCGCUAUCAAGGAGAAGUUUCCGAGUACUCACAAGCAUGUCAUUCUCCAGCAGGACAACGCGACGCCCCAUGCUGCCAUCACAGACGAAGUCUUGUCGCAUGUGUCGACCGACGGAUGGCACUUCAUCUGGGCUUGUUUUCGUCGAUUCAAGCUCUACAAUAAGGACGAAGUCGAGAAACUGCAGAAUGUGUUCCUGACGUACCAGGCUGUGAUGAGACUUGUGCUGGAACAUCAUGGAAACAACCAAUUUCGCUUACCUCGGAAGGGAAAAGAUGCUUUGCGACGAGCUGGCGCCCUCAUGGCGAAUGUGUCCUGCCCUGCGGCGCUUGUGACCUGA